AUGGUCAUCUACCAGGACCUCACUAACCACGAUGAGAUGUUCUCCAAUAUCUACAAGAUCUGGGAGAUUGCAGGCGGGCUGCGCCUGGAGGUAGAGGGGAAGAUGGUCAGUAGGACCCAGGGAAACACUGAUGACUCGCUUUUUGGUGGGAAUGCCUCCGCUGAAAGCCCAGAGGGCAAAGGUCCCAAAAGCACAGUCAUCACUGGUGGUGAUAUCAUCAUGAACCAUCACUUGCAGGGAACCAGCCUGACAAAAGGAGCCUACAAGAAGCACGUCAAAGGUGACAUGAACCCAAUCACAGGGUUUAUGACCGGGGCUGCAGAACAGAUUGAGCCCAUCCUUGCUAAUCUCAAGAACCACCAAUUCUCUGUUGGUGAAAACAUGCAUCCAGAUGGCAUGGUUGCUAUGUUGGACCACCGUGAGGAUGGUGUCAUCUCCAUAUUGACUUUUGUUAAGGAUGGCUUAGAAAUGGGAAAAUGUUUCCAUUUGGAGCUGUCACCUGUCAUCAUUUCUGGCUGCUGCUUGUCAUCCACACACCAGGACUAG